AUGCUUCACAAAGUUGUGCAUUUCAAUUUGAAUAAAAUUGGUUUUGUACAAAAUAUUUAUCAAACAUGUUGUUAUUGUGGAACAUUUAACAUAAACAAUGAUGUAACAAAAUUUUUUCAACAUAAUUUAGGUUUACCUGAAAAUGAAGUCCGGAGAAUCAUUAAAAAGUAUCCAUCAUUUAAUAAUGAUUCGUAUUCUUCACUAUCUGACAACUUUUCUUUAUUAAUGAGUUUUGGGUUUUCCAAAGAUGAUAUUCUCAAAAAAAUUCAAGUAUUAACACUUCAUUCAAUCACUAUUAAAAAUUAUACUAUGCUUUUGGAAGAAGGAGGUUUUAUUAAGAAUAAAAUUGAUUCAAAAGUAUUAUUAAGAUUUAAAUUUAUAUCAAAAAAGUCUAUUCAGUCAUUAAAAAAUGAAAACUACAUUUAUAAACAUAUCGAUGUUGGACAUCAUAUAUUGUCAUUUAUUAAAUUUCCAACUGGAUUAUAUCCAAAAACUUGUGAUGAGUCUCUUUCAUGGAAUCAGGUUCAGAAAAAUAUAUUUAAAUUAUACAUUGAAUGGAAAAUUAAAAUGAAUGUGGAACACUUAAAACAUGCACAAACAGUUUACCACAGAUUAUAUAAUAAAAGUUACAGACUUAUGGAUAAAAGUAUCGAUAUUUUACUUAAUGAAUUUAAUUUUACUGAAGAAAAGAUUAGAAGACAUUCUUAUUUAAUACACAGUGAUCCUGACAAUACACGAGCGAUUUUAGAUAACUUUAAAACUCUUUGUGGAAUGGAUGUAAAAUCAAUUUUAAGUAAGCAUCCCAAAAUAAUUAUUACUCCAUGGAAUACAAUUGGACAGAUUAGAAAACAUUUUGAGGAUUUUGGAAUUCCCGAGUCUUCAUUAGCUAAAGCACCAGAAAUCUAUACAUUAGGAAGUAAUACUAUUUAUGAAAGAUUAUGUAAAUUAAAAGAAACACCAGAGUUGGCAUCAUUUAUAAACAAUCCACAAGUUGCUAGACUCAUUUAUUACUAUACAAAAGUAAAUUUACGUUUGAAGUAUUUACAAAGCAAAAAUUGUUUGUCAUUAAAUUUAUUAGUUACAAACAAUUAUUCAUUUAACAGAUUUAAUUGCAAUGGCAACGACAAAGGAAAAACCAAUGAUAUAAUGAUAUAUUUGACAAAAGAAUUGGGAGAAGACAAAAACAAGUUACGAUCAUUAUUAGAACGUCAUCCAUAUUGGCAGUAUAUUUCAUUGUUAACAAUACGAAAAUCUUUUGAGUUUCUAAAAAAAAAUAAUUUCACAAAGAACCAAUUAUACCAUUGCUCACAGAUUUUACUGUAUCCAGUACAUAAAAUUAAAGAUUCAUUGGUAUCCACUGAACAAAUGAAGAACGUCUCCUAUCUACGAAAUGCGUCUGGAUCUAUCAAAUCUGAAUAUUUAUUACCAUUAGUACUAUAUAAUUUGGAAAAGGAUUAUCAUUUUUCAGGCGAUGGUGUUUGGAGCACCAAUGAGAAAACUGAAAAAAUGCAACUAUCAGAUACUCCUAAAGCCACGUUUGAGGAUACAGAAGAAUUGGAUCAUGAACCAUCUACUAAAUUACUUUGAUAGAUUUUUUGUUUAAUUAAAAACGUGUUUAUAGUAAUCAAGUUAGCUGUUAAAUUAUAAGUUUAAACAUGAUUACAUGACAAAUUCUAACAUAAAAUAUGUUAAUUUGUUCUUUAAAUUGUUGUAGUAUUAAUUCGUUGGAAUUUAUGAUGCUUAAUGAUAAUUUAUAAUAAGAUAAUAUAAC